GUGCGAUUGCGAAUUGUGCCGAACAAACAUCUCGGGCUAAAUCAACCCCACUGCAGCAUUUGGUGGGGGGAAAAAGGCAACGCGGGGUUGAGGAGGGAGUGGUGAUGUACAUGGGUAUAAAUAUAAACACAUCGUCAUUGCCUCAUCACUUGCUUGAGUUCUCAUCAGCAGCGUCACUUGAGCAUCACGAUACGCACACAAAUAGAAGAGGGAAACGUGAGGAGAAAGAAAUCGAUCAAAAUGACCAAGGUUCUGUUGACUGGCGGCUCCGGCUUCAUUGCAGCCCACAUCCUCGACCAACUCCUCUCCGCCUCUCACACCGUCAUCACAACCGUCCGCUCCCAAUCCAAAGCCGACGCCAUCACCUCCGCCUACCCCUCCCAAACCACCUCCGGCUACCUCACCGUCGCCAUAGUCCCUGACAUCGCCCAACCCAACGCCUUCGACUCGGUCCUCCAAACCCACGGCUCCGGCCUCGAAGUAGUCCUCCACACCGCCUCCCCCUUCCACUUCAAAUUCAACGACCCAAAGAAAGAGCUCAUCGACCCCGCUCUUAUCGGCACAACCUCCAUCCUCUCCGCCAUUACCAAAUUCGCCCCCUCCGUCCGCCGCGUCGUCGUGACCUCCUCCUUUGCAGCUAUAAUCAACGAGGCUCACGUCUCCGACCCCUCCACCGUCUUUUCUGAAAAAUCAUGGAACCCGGUCACGAUAGAUGACAUCCACCGCAACCCAGCAACCGCCUACCGCGCCUCCAAGACCCUGGCGGAAAAGGCCGCCUGGGAGUUUGUGCAGAACAAGGAGAAUGACGCAAAGUUUGACUUGGUCACCAUCAACCCGCCGAUGGUCUUCGGGCCGGUGGUCCACCAUCUUGCUACCCUCGAGGCGAUUAACACUUCUAAUGAGAGGAUCGUGGAUGCCAUCAAGGGGAAGUGGAAGGGGGAGAUACCCCCGACGGGCCAGGCUUACAUCUGGGUUGAUGUACGGGAUGUGGCGACUGCUCACGUAAGGGCUGGGUUAGGGCUUGUGGAGGGGGUAGCUGGGAAGAGGCUGUUUGUUGUUUCGGGGUGGUUUUCCAACGCUCAAAUCGCGGAGGUGUUGAGGAAGAACUUUCCAGAGGAUAAGGAGAAAUUGCCGGAGGAGGGGGUCAAGGGGGGAGAAUUGCCGGAGGAGGAUAAGAGGUUUGGGUAUGAUAAUAGUGAGACGACGAGGUUGUUGGGGAUUGAGUGGAUUGGCUUAGAGAGGAGCAUUGUUGAUACGGUGAGGAGUUUGAAGAGGGUCGAGGUUUCUGCUUAGAUAUAACACCGUUGAUAGCGUUGGAAUACAGUAUGUGAUAUUGUUAUAAAUUCUG